CUGUAUGCAUUUUCAGUCUACUUGCCUUCGGCGAUAGAAGUCACACACAGUGUUGUUCUGUCAUAUGCAAUGGGCAGGGCCCCGUCGUCACCGUACAACCGAUGCUGGUCAAUUGGGGAGAGGUCCGACUUCUUGAACCAGUUAAAAGGACAAUCACUUUAUUCAGCGACGCACCGAUCGUCGCGCAAUUCGUCGCAGCGCUUGGGUCAGGCUAUCAGUAUACCGAUAAUGUUAGCGAAUAAGGGCACGAGGCAUCAUCGGUUGUUGUGGAGUACUACAGAGGAAUCUCAAGUUCUCCAGAAAAGUGGGAAGCACGAACAACGACAUGACAAGUUCACUGUUGAUCCGCACGACUUGGAAUUACCGGCUGGCACUAAUGCGAUCGUUCAUUGUAAAAUACACUGGCAAACGAAAGAGCCAAUCGCCGAACAGUGGUACCUUCACGGCCAGAUCAAGGGAUACGGGAGGAGCGAGGUUUUGGCAACAAGUCUAUUUCGUGCAACGUUCAUUGAUCCGCAUGUCAUAUUCAGUAAGCGCAAAUUGAUGUUCCGCUACGACAUGAGCGCAUCGGAAAAUGAGAUCCAAACAACAGAUGAACUAUAUGUGACGAACCGAUCAAAACUGGACCUGAGGGCAUCGUUAAAGAUCGAUCCUCCAUUCGAAAUAGUGACGGAUGACGAGGGCGAUGGUCUUGCAAACACGAAUAUAGAUCUUCGGGAUGAAACCCCUAAUCGCAUCUGCGUGAGAUUCAACACUCAAGCUAUGAAUCCAUUGAAUUUGUACUCCAGGAAAUUUAACGGAAUUUUGACAUUCCAGUACGAGAAUCACCGUGUAAAGGAUAAAAUUAAGUGCAUCGCUGAAUUGAAUUAUCCGAACAUAUCCAUCUUGCCAAACAAUUUGGCGGUUCUCAACAGCGAUGUCGGAUCUACAGCGUACAAGAACCUUAUCCUUGCAAAUCCUGGACAUCUGCCCGUUCGGUACUAUUUCGAGUACCUUGCUGAUGAUAAUAUCGGUAUUGAAUCCAGUCACUACGAUCAUGCUCGAUGCUUACAAUCGAGCGAGACAACGGCAGGAAAAUCGAGUUUCCGAGAUUUUUCUCCAUCAGAAGUACAAGAGGCGGAGCAAGAGGCGAAAGACAAAGAGGAUCCCGAAAAUAAUUUGACCAGCUACCUAUUUGAGCGAUCAGUCCCGGAAAUCACCAAGCUUGCGAUACCUUCAUCGGGAUCAGUCGAUGACUUGGUUUAUACGAUUGGCGGUACGGCGCAAAGAGACAAAGGGGAUAAAGAGAGGAGAUAUGCACCCGCUGUUACUUUACCGCCGGUACGCUCAUUGGAACUGAUUGAUAUCGACAACACCAAAGAAAAAGAUCAUGCAGAGAGAUUGGCACCCGCCAAGGAAAGUGAGAUUCAAGACUUGAUAUUCGGAAUAAUAGAACGUCACCUUCGCAGAGACUCGGAAAUUCCAGCCCUCGAAGAUGCGCAAAAAGCUACGACAGAUAUUUCACUGGAACGGGAGCUUAUGACGGAGAUGCUCGAAGUAGUACCAAGGUGCGGUACUAUUUUACCGUAUUCAUCACAAUACGUGUAUUUUGACUUUAAUGCAUUGUCACGUGUUGGAUUCAACGCGAACGUAGCCUGUCGUCUUUUGUCCGGCCCUACGGAAGUGAUAGAAGUGCAAGCAUUGUGCGAUGCGAUUAGCUUUUCUAUUGAUACGAAAAAAAUCGAUUUUUAUCACCAGUUACCCUGGGAAUCGUGCCGUGCGAGUUUGACUAUUGUCAAUCAGGGCGUAGUUGGAUUCAAUUUCGCGACGUACCUCACACCGGCUCUUUCGUCGAACGUGGAAUCUCGCGAAUUAGUUGAAGGAACGGAGCGAGGUGUUAACGUAGAUCGUUUGAGAGUGGAGCCGAGACGCGGAUCAGUGAACCCCAUGUCAAGGACUUACCUGGAUAUUACCUAUUACUCAGGAAUACCCGGACGGAUUCGUGAACGAUUCGAUUUGGAGAUCGCCCACUAUCCUCCAGUCUCCAUUUGCAUCGAAGGCUACGUAUCGGCACCGCAGGUUUACUUGAGUAUACCACGCGGCAUGGCUUUCAAUAAACUGCCGGUCAAUAUCUGCUAUCGAGCGAUUGCCUCAAUCACGGUAGAGUUCUUAAACCAAGUGAAAUCCACACGCCGUUCAUCUCCAUUGACCAGCGAGGGAGGUUUGUCAAUCGAGGAUCGCUCCCAGGGAUAUUCAUUGAUAUCGGAUAACGAGAGACAACAACUCACAGAAAAUGGGUGGGUGAUAAUCACCUGCGACGAAACAGUUCCUACUGUGGUGGACGUGGAAAUGGCUAUUGAAAGAUUGUUGUUCAUCGAAUACGUUCGUGACAAUCCGCAAUUACUAGAGAAACACGACGCGGCCAUCAAGAAGAGAGACGCAUUGUCACUGCUUGUUCCGGAGUACGUAAUUGAUCUGGGCUACAUCGUUGUAGAGCAGACAGCUUGUUUUUCUACAUUAUUAUUCAACUAUGGACCGAUACUGGCGGACAUUCGUAUAAGGAAACCAUUGAAUAAGUUUGGUAUUUACGUACAAUUUGACCAGGGGAAACCCUUACCGAUUGGCGAAUCCACUCCGCUAAACGUGACCUUUAACCCUACGAGAUCCAAAUAUACCGAGCAAGAAACGAUCAUUGAACAUACAAUUUACCUAGAGGUAAGCCACGGAUCCACGAUACCGAUUUCUAUCAAGGCCACUGUUGCGUACCCUUCUCUCACUGUUCACACUAAUUACCUAUCAUUUGGUCAAGUUGCCGUUGGGAAUUGCAUGCUGAUCCCUGUUUUACUGCGUAACAGUGGUUGGGUACCGUGUGAAUGGCAAGCGACAAUUCGUUAUAAGGAUAGUGGUCGAUGGAAGGAAGGAACGGCAGGACCUUUUUUUCUUCACUACAGUGCAGAUACGUUUUUACCGGGCAGUGAAAACCUGGCAAACGUAUACUUCAAGCCGAAAGAGGCUGUAAGUUUUAUUUAAGAAAGGAUCUUGAAGGUGAAUAAGCAACAGAAAAUGAUCAAGAUAAAUUCGGUACAUACAAUUCACACCUCGGUAAAUUUUAUUCCGACUCUCUUCACUUUCGCGAGUCGGAAAUUACCAGUAGCAGUGGCUCAUCAAGCCGCCGUGACGUGUUACUCAAUUAGCGUAUAUGUUAAACGCUGAUGCUGUCAAAUUUAUUAUUGACCCCAUGAAAUUGGGAAGGCUAGAAUCGACAUUACUCCGGUUUACAAUAAUUUACACCUAUGGAAAUCAAUUCUGACCGCUUGAGGACCACCGGUGUGGUCUGCUACCGUCUAUUUAACCUGCGUGCUAGACUACACGUGUGGGUGUAUCUUAAACCGGUCAGAGGCCACCUCUGUAGCGGUACAUACACAUACACACUUACUCAUGCCUAUUGCAGGUCUUUAGCGAAUUAUAAUUUGCAAUAUGUUGUGCUGAACUUUUGCGAGACAUUAAGUAAAAUCAUACGGGUAUGAAUUGCUGAAUGACAAAAUUAAGAAUGUAUUUGAAAGUAAAAAAAACUCCCCCUUAUCAUAUGAGAUUACAAUAAGAUUCUUUCAAACUCCGUUUAAGCCCUGAGUCUAUAACGCAUGCUGCGGCACGCGUCACGCCAGUGACGGGCUUUUCAUGUAUCGUGGAUCUUACGCAUUUAAUACUAAGGGUUUGGGUCCGCUUAUUGUGAUGUGGUGUAUUGACUGUAUUUAGAGAUACUUCGAAGGGCAGUUGAGAAUAAAAAUUUGCAAAAAUAUUUCUCCUAUCCUGGUGACGAUGUCGGGUCAGGGUAUCGAACCACAGUUACACGUCUCCGAAGUGUCGCUCGUAUUCCAAUCAACGAUACCGUACGAUCAACCUGUGGAGAAGACAUUUUUGGUGAAGAACCUUUAUCCGUACCCUAUCACCGCAUUCUGGAAGAAUUUCGACACGGAAUAUAUCGAAGAGGAAUGUAUGAUACGAUCAAUGAUGCACUACUACGGCGUGCAUGAAAUGUUGUUCCCACUGCGUCUUACCGCAGGUCAACAAUUAUCAUCCAUCAUCCGUGAUUGUUAUCGGUCGCUUUCCACCGAGCUGCUGACCAUGUUUGGAUCACAUGAAUCGGAGUCAACAUAUUGCGUUGGUAAGCUGUGGAGACGAAUUCCCGAGUUAAUCGAUACCUUGUAUUGUUAAAGUAUACAAAGACAUGCAAUAGAUGACAAUAAUAAUGAGACAAAAGCGUGGGAGAUUGCUGGUUUACAUAUUUAUUGCCAUGAAAUG